AUGUCUAAAAGUGUACCAUUUGUCCGCAAAUGGUCUGAUGCUCAUUCUGAACCACAGUACUUUAAUACCCAGGAGGAUCUUGAAAAGCACGUCUUUCGUGAUCACGUAAAGUCAACUGAAUUAUCAUCUUUUAUUCGAGUUUAUCGAUGUAUCUGGGAAGGUUGUAAAGAGCAACUGAGUAAUAUUACUAAGCUAGAAGAUUAUAAACGUGAUGAUAAUCGUUAUUAUGGUAAAAGCAAUGAUGAAAUUAUAUGGGAAACACUUUGGUGCUAUUAUAAUGAUCCGAAGAAAGUUGUAGUCUUCAGCAGAGGAAAUAAGUGUAAAAAUUCUUCAGCUAAAAAUUCUCUUAUUGUAAGUACUAGUAUGGGUCCUUUUAAAACAACAGGUAUAUUAGGUCCUGAAAUUGAUCUUGUUGCUGCAGCUGAUGCUAGUGCGGAAAUAACGCCAUAUCUGCUGAUUUGUGGAAUUUACAAUAAUCGUCUUUUAGUUAAUAAUAAAAAUUUUAAAAAUGGAUAG